AGCUCCGUAGAGCCCACCGGCUGAUAGCGGCCUUGAAGCCUUGUCCGCUGGCACCAUGAGCGGUCGUAGUAGGGGUCGAAGGUCUUCCCGCGCCAAAGGCCGGGGCAAAGGCCGGGCCAGAGCCCGGGUCCCGGCCGCUGCGGACGACAUCUGGCGCGACGAAAAGCCAGCACAGAGCCCGCGGCUAGGAGAGGACGCCGCGGCCGCUCAGGUGCAGGAUGGCACUGCUCAUGGAGGAACGGAACCAGCCGAGCCCGGGGAAGCGGAGGCCUGCCGCCUCCCGCUAGACUGCGGCCUGGCGCUGCGGGCACGGGCUGCGGGCGAGUGCGGGCUUGCAGCCCCUGAUCCGGGCCUGGAGAGGGCUACAGCCCUCGCCGAGCGUCUGACCAGCGACAUCAGCUUCGUGGGAACCGUGGGAGCCUUGGCGAAGCUGCGACAAGGUUCCCGCAUUGGAAAUCGGCGAGUCCCCGGGAGGAAGGCCCCAGGCCCUCGGAGCGCCACGGGGAGGGGCCCUCAGGCCACAGUCAGUGGGAAGCCAAAGAUGGGCUCUGCGAGACCAUGCGCCGCUGCUCCAGUGGGGGAGGAAAAAAAGGUGACAGAGAAGCAUGCUGGGUCAGGGUCCCCUGCAGCAGUAGGCAGCAUGGAUACCCUGGAGACGGUCCAGCUAAAGCUGGAGACCAUGAAUGCACAGGCUGACAGAGCGUAUCUCAGGCUUUCCCGCAAGUUUGGCCAGUUGCGACUUCACCACUUAGAGCGCAGGAAUCUCCUCAUCCAGAGCAUCCCUGGCUUCUGGGGGCAAGCUUUUCAGAACCAUCCCCAGCUGUCAUCUUUUCUGAAUACCAAAGAUAAGGAGGUAUUGAGCUAUUUGAACAGACUGGAGGUGGAAGAGCUUGGCCUUGCCAGAUUGGGCUACAAAAUCAAGUUCUACUUUGGCCGAAACCCCUAUUUUCAAAAUAAGGUGCUCAUCAAGGAAUAUGGGUGUGGUCCAUCCGGUCAAGUGGUGUCUCGCUCAGCUCCAAUCCAGUGGCUCCCAGGUCACGAUCUACAGUCCCUGAGCAAGGAAAACCCAGAAAACAACGGUAGCUUCUUUGGGUGGUUUUCAAACCACAGCUCUAUUGAGUCUGACAAGAUUGUCGAGAUAAUCAACGAGGACCUGUGGCCCAAUCCUCUACAGUACUACCUGAUCAGUGAAGAAGCCCAUGGAGAGAAAGGAAAGGAAGAAAGACCACCAGGUCCAGCAAAACAGCCAGUGGAGAGCCCCAAGCCGGCAGUGAGGCAGCCCAACUGAUCCCGCAUAGAUCUUCCUACUACUGCUGGACCCUUUAGACUGACCACGUGGGUUUGGUUGUCUGCCUUCUAUUUAUACCGUCUUAUGUACACGGUAGCCACUUUGGACUUAUCUUCAAGAAUGUGACAUUUGUGGUAAUAUUCUUUGCUUCCCCAUGGCCUCACCGUGCCACAACAGUGUUACGUGUUUGACACUCACUGCUUGUGCACCCAUCACUUCUGAUGUAUGGCAGUUUUUCUCUACUCUAUCCAGUCCCUGUUCUUAGCUCUGGCCCUUCCCACUGUCUUUUAUGUGGACAUUAAUGAGUCAUUGUCCAGAUGGAUACUCAGCUAUGCUACUUCGUGGCCAGUCACAUGUUACCAAUGGCAAGAUUUUCCAUUGCCAUCACAAAAUGAAGCCAGUGCUUUUAUUCUGUGGGUCUGGAGUCAUCAACCAAGGUUCUUCCUACUUUAUUUCCAGUUUCAGCCUAGGGUCCAGCAAACCUACUGGGUGUGGAUGAGGACAAGGGCAAACAGGAGUAUGUUUUGUUCACAUGGUAUGUCUCCUCUUGCCUCGGAGACAGUCCUCUAGUGAACCCUCAUCAAGUCUGGUCGUGCCUGGUUGCACUCAGUCCAUUGACUUUUGGCUAGGUCAAUGUUAUUGGCUCCAAUUAAAGACCUCAAGAACUGCCUACGGACCCAGGCAUCUUCUCAGUGCAUGGGCUACAAGCCUAGCCUCCCCAGACUUUAGGAAACCUACUGGUUGUCAGACUGGCGGGCAGCCUGCUAUUUGUGAACAUAUGCUUAUUGCUAUCAUGUUGUGAGCCCUGAGAAGGGUAAGGCUUUGGGCCACAACCGGGUAUCUAUGUCAUUUCCCUUAUUCCUUAUACCUUGCUUAGAAGGGACAAGAAGGGAUGCUGAUGAGGACAGAUUUUUCAUUUCUAUGCCUGUGUUUACUUCAUACCUCCAUGCAACUUAGUCCCCUUCCCUGUCAACCUAUCUCUGGACUUCCCUGCUCUCCUUAUGAACCUCUCCCGCCCAUCCUUUUAAAAUAGUAUCACAGCUCAGACAAAAUAGUCAUCAGCCAGACUUUUCUACCUAUAGCUAGGGAGGCAGAAAGGGGCUUCCUUUGCAAACCCAUGUAAUAGGUUGAGAUAGGAUAAAAUAAACCAAAAGAACAACACCCCUCCCCCCACCAAAAAAAAAAAAAAAAACCCAGAAGGCCUCCAGAGACUCUGGUCAGACGACACAGGUCCUGGAUCCUGGGCUCAUUCUGUAAUUCUAAAGUUGUAUGUCUCUGCUAGAAUUAGAAACCCUAAAGCAACAGUGUUGUGGUCUCUUGCUGUGUCUUCUGUCUGUCCAUUUUAAGACCUAGGGACUUCUUUUGUCUCAUUUGAUAGCUUAUGCCACUGGGGUCCCCAGCCCCCAGCUUUUCCACUAGUAGUUCUUUGCUGUCUUUGUUUCUUAGCCCAAAUGUACUCACUGUGGGAGAAUCCCAAGGUGUUCCUGGGGACAGGACAGGAAGAACCUGUUCUAGAUAGUUCUGGUUAGUGUGCAGGCUGAGCUGGACCCUCUCUACCAAGGUUUGCUUGUGUCCUGACUUACCUUCUCUGGAAAUUAGAACUCUGUAAGCCAGUCCCCAUUUUGUGUGGAAGUAUGGAAGACUUCAUUCUAACCUCUGUGAGGGGGUCCUUGACUCAGUGGUAAGGAGAUAAUAGGCAAGGGAAUCAGGGCAAGAUAGGUAUGAACCUGGCAUUGAGUGGGUCAGUAAAAACUUGAUAGAAAUGCCUUCUGAAGCUGUAGAAAUAGUGGUCCUAUCUCUCAGUGAUAAAUGUGACAGAAGAGGCCUUACUCAGGGUUAAGAAGGGAGAGUUAAAGGGGUUGUUGGUAAGCAAGGUGCCUGGGAAAGGAUGGAUUCAGAGUUCUGGGCCGUCUUCAUCAUCACUACUGGAUUUUUUUUUUUUUGUAAUUACAGAAACAAACCUAAAGUAAAGUUACUAUAUUGGGUAGGAGGUGCAUCCCAGUGUAUGUAAGAUUGUGCUAAAUGCUGUGUGUUUGGCCUCUAAGUAAAAUCUUAUCACUCUUUGUAUUUUUGCCUAAUGAGGAAAACAGCUGUAUAAGUUUGCUUUUGCUCUUUAUUAUGUAAAUUUCCAAACUAGGAGUGAAGACAGUGGUCCCUGGACCCUGUGUGCCUCCUACCUAGACUCAAUGAGCAACCAAAUGUCACCUGUAGCUCUUCUUCCUCCUGCAUUUUUAGUGAAAGACCAAGGGAGCAUCUCAGUGCAGUCAGAUAGAGUUUAGGAGACUGAGGCAUCGGGGUGGGUGUGUACUCUUAUGAUCACAGUGAUGAUCAAUUUUGUCAAUUUUGUGUGAAUUGAUGAUUUUUCCAGAAGUGGGAAUUCAUAAAUGAGUUUUCACAAUUAGUGAACUCAGAGUGUUGAGAUAUUCCACUCUCCACCACAGCUACAACAGAAGAAACCAUUCUGUUGUAAAUCUGCCUGUGACCCUGAUGUAAGGCACUUGAGGCCCUUUUCUCCCAUGUAACAUGGAGAUUUAUUUGUAUGGACUGUUAGGGUUGCUGUGUUCUGUGAAAAUAAUCAAAUACAACGUGAUCUUUUCAGUAGCUAUUGUAGUUGAUAAUUUGAUAUCCUGGCAAUAAUGUGAUUCUUUCCCUGUUCCUAAGUGGCAUAAAUACUUGCAAGUGUGCAUGUACAAUGGAAAAAAUAAAAAAGUUCUGUGUCA